CUAAAGUCUUAGUUCAUGAACGGAGAAGAUUUCAGAAGCAAAUUAAGGGAAUUCCAUUUAAGAAGUAAAGAGUAAAGUUCACAGGAGUCUAGGGUAAUUCUGGAGGAUGAAAAAAAGAUGAACAAUGCUUGUUGCGUAAAACUUUAUUUAGAAGAUCACACUAUAGGUAAUUUGACUAGAAUGAACCUAUUAAAGUAAAAGGAAGUGACAUUUUCUGGAUAUAGACAGAUUCAUCCACUUUAACAUACUAUAGAAAUCAAGGUUCAGACAAAUGGAUCAAUCAAACCUUAUGAUGCUAUAUAAAAAACAUUUUAAGAUUUGAGUGAUGAAUUCAAAAAUUUGGAAGAAGAAUGGGCAAGAAAAGUUGCUGAAAAAGAGAAACAUUAAAUGAAAUUAGAAAUAUGA